CAUCAUAUACUGUUACGGCUGCCGUAUUUUAAAAUUACCAGUUUGAGGUCCAUUAUGUUUCUCUCCCGAAAGGAAAUCGUCUCGUUAUUGCUCCUCCUCACGGCGAUCAUCUGUGUGCUGAACGCGUCGCUAUUUGCGAACAUCCUACCCCUCCAUGCCAGUUAUGAGCAGCUGGGCCAGCAAGUGGUCUGCGUGGGAACCGCCUAUAUCUGCGUGAUUUACGCCCUGAGCACCUGGUUGUACCACUCGAAUUACUCCAGGACUCGCAUGCACAUGCGAGUGGUGCUGGUGGCCAUGCUCUUGUUGAUGGUGCUCUGCAACUGCGUCUCCGCCUUUUACUUCUCAGAAGGCGUGGCCUUCAGCAAUCUAGAGGAAUCCAUGGAUCUCCACCUACUGUUCAGCAGCUUUGCGGAGGCCUCAAAGGCGGUCAGUUUGGCUCUGUCGGUCAUCUCCAUUCUGCUGCUGUUCCUCAUCAUGGUGCUGAUCAUACUAACCAUCUUCCGGAAACGCAAACAGCACAAUCUCGAGGAUAAACUGCAGAAUAUCGAGUCGCAGAAGUAAUAAGCUCACCGUCGUGGGAGGGCACAUUAAGUUUGGUUUUCAUGCAACGCCAAACAUUUCAUGUCGCUGCAAUGUGGCGCCGCAGUUGCAAUAAUAUAAAUAUUAUACUCGUACGUCGUUUGGCCCAGACAAACACGAACUGCUCACCUCCUUUUUAUUUUCACCCAUGACACACAGAUUCUGCCUGGGUGCUUUCUUCGCAGGUGAUAUAAAAAAAUAUAUAAAAGGACCUCUUCCAUUGAUUUUCAAGUCGCACUCUGCAGGCUCUUUUCGUUCGAAAACUUGUUAAAUACUUUAUAUACUUUAUGUAACAAAUUUUAUGUAAAUUACUAAAUAAAAUUCUAGAGAUUAUCAGUUGAACACAUA